AUGGAAUUACCUGCCCUGGAGAUUCUGAAGAAAAAUAGGAGCAAGAAUGUCAGGAUUAUCACUCUCAACAACAAAACAUACAAAGGAGUACUGGAGAACUUCGACAUGCAUGUAAAUACACAUCUCAAGGACAGUUAUCUUCGAGUUGAUGGAGAGGAAGAAACCUAUAUAGGCGAGGUACUGAUAAAUGGAGGAACCAUUGCGUGUUUUGAUAUCAUGUGA